UUUGUUUCCCUAUUUUAUUUCAUUCCAUAUACCAUUUUUGUAAAUAUAUAUAUAUAUAUAUACCUAACUCUAUAAAUAUAAUAUGUGUGUACACUACCAUUACCCAUUAUAUUGCUUUAUUCUUUAAGAAAAUUCUCUCCAAACUGUAUCGUCAAAAAUGACUAAAGCCUCUAUUGUUGCUUUCUUCAUGAUCAUCUUCCUUCUAGGAAUAUCAAUGCAGGAAACUCAAGGACAGCAAAUGUGUCACGAUCUUGCAAUAAAAUCGAACUGUAAUGAUGGCGCAUGUACCAAUCUGUGUAAGCUGAAAUGGAAUGGAAGCGGCUCGUGCUUUCAAAACCAACAAGUUUUCAGUUGUUUAUGCAAUUUUAUUUGCAAAUUUUAAAUUUAUUUAUUUUUACCUACAUGUUGCAAUUUAUAAUUUAUCUAUUUAAAUUUAUAGUUAAGAGUAAUAAUAUUUUAUUUUGGCGUUUAUUUAAUUUUAUAUGGUUCCGUUUUCUAGCGGGAACGAAAAGGGUUUCUGUUGAAAUCAAUUAAAUAAAAAGACAAAUAAUUCCAUUACAAAAGCAUGAGUAAGCGCACUCUGUUUUGCUUAUAUUAUAACUUUUAGCUUACAUAACGAAGCUAUUAUUACAUACAUACUACCACAUAGAACCAUUAAGAUGCUUAUUCAAAGUCGCCUACCACCUGGAAUCUUAAUCCAUUCAAGCUGAAUCUCGACUUCACCGCACUCGACAUUCCUCACUCAACACAAGAAUCAUGUCCUGAACGAUCUUGCCAUUAUGAUGGAAGUUUCUGCUCUCUUCAGACAAGCAGUUUCUCUGGUGGGCAGGACUCUCUUGAUCUCUGUUCCACCUUGAAGUUCUUGCAAACCUCUAGUUUAUGAACCUCUAGGAACGGCUUGAUAAUGAUCUGCGCAUCUCCCAUCUUAUCGUGCGAUGUAAAUGUAUCUUUACCAUACACUAUCUGCACUCAUAAUAAAUCAUUUAGAAACACUGUUAGACAGUAUAAUACCUUGGAACUUGAGAUGGAUCUUGGUUAUUUUUUCUGACAAUGUAGAAAAGCUAACAUCGUUGACCUAUCUUUGCGUUUGUUGGUGCAACGCUAUGCAUUUCUUGUUGUUGCCAUUGUAUUUCUCUGUUUCUUGUUCCCAUUAUAUUGCUGUCCAAAACUGAAAAAUUGAUAAUAAUAUCUGUACAUUUUUACCAAAAUAAAAAAGAACGCUAUGCAUUUUCAUUACACUUCAAAAAAGCAAUCCUGCAAAAAGUUUGUGUAGAUAUACAAAUACAAAUUCAUCUAUCAAGAUCCAUAUAUUUUGAAAUUCGAUGUGGAUCACGAGCUAACUCUCAUGUAGGCUUAGGUAUUUUGGGUAAUAUUUCAGUUAGAGUCGGUUAUUUCGAGUAUUUCGGUUUGGAUAUUUUUGGAUUAUCGUCAGUUCGGAUAAUAAAACUAGGAACCGGCUAAUACCUGGAAAAAAAUCAGAUAUCCUUAGGUUCUGGCUCGGUUAUUUCGGGUAAUUAGGAUAUAAUAUUGGAUAUUUUGAGUAAAAUAUCGCGUAAUCCAGAUUAUUCAGAUAAAAUAUCGGAUAAUUCAGAUUAUUUUAAUUAAAAUUACCUUGAUACUUUUGAAUCAUUUUAGAUAGUUCGGAUAAAUUUUUCUUUCAAAUAUUUUUCGAUUUAGUAGAUUUCAAAUUAUAUAGAUAUAAAUUUGUUCGGGUUAUGGUUCAGUUUCAAUUUGGUAUAGAUAUUUCGGAUAAAUAAACAUAUGAAUCUCUUGUAUAUUUAAAAUUUUCAAUCCAGUUCUGGUUUCAGUUAUUUUGUUUUGAUUAAGCUCUUAGUAAAAUGGCACACCUACUCUUAGGACUUAAUUGGUUGGUGUUAUAGCUUUAAGUUUUUUGCUUUAGUGUUUCGGUUGUAGAUUUUGGAAGUGAUUUUAAUUUUUUCUUGUUGAUAUUUAUUUCCAAAGAUAUUCAAAUCAAUAAAUAAAAUCAAAUGAAUCAAGUAGUAUAACUAAAAAGCGCUAAAACUGUAGCUUUAUGUGAUGGUUGCGAGUGUUCUACACAGUCUGAGUUCUCUACGACAAUAAUAGCAAAACAAUCAAGUUUUAGUACAAAAAUCUAAAGCUAUAGCCUAACUUUUUUUAAAAAAAAUAUUGGCUCUAGAAAUCAAAGUUUUAUAGCUUUAUGGGCUUGAUUAGUUGGUGCCGUGGUCUUAGUUCUUUCUUUAGAAUUUAGGCGGUAGAUACUUUGACUGUGACUUUAUAUGUUUUUUGCGGUGAUUUAUUUUCAAAGACAUUAAGCACUAAAUACAAGUUUUAGAAAAAAUAAAUCAUAACUGUUUCACAAAAUAUUUUUACACAAUUUUUACGGCUCUUUCCAAUCACCCUAUAUUUAUUGAUUUUAAAACUUUGAAAUAAUUCUACAUCAGUAAAAUCGAAAGUUGCAGCGAUAAAAUCUACUGUUUAGAGUUUAAAGUAAAAAAUUUGAAGCUACACUCUCUGCCAAUCAAAUCUUUAAAUUAAGGAUUUGUUUUAUUUCUUUAAGAGUAAAAAAAGAUAUAUAUAU